UUAUGGUUUCGGUUUAGUUCGGUUUCUAUUCUAUAUUUAUUUCUCUGAUUCUGGUUUGUUUUGGGGUUAGGUUGGUUAUGGUGUUCUAGUCCUAGGUCCUAGGUGUAAUGCGGUGAGCUCUUAUUAAUAUUACUGUAGUUAGUUGCAGGCCGGUUAAAAAAUGUGUGACUGUUACCUUAAAUUAAUCUUUUCCAAUUGAAGAUUUUUAAAGUUAUUGAUGGUAAUUUAGGCCUAUAGUUUAUGAACUAGGCUACGAUGGUUAGAUUUACUAAAGGAAAAUUCAAUAAAAAAAACAGUGGAGAAUCGAAGGUUAAAGGCAAGUCAAACGGGAAACAUAGGCCUAGAACUUCUUCAGAAAGUAAAAGAGUGUUUAAACAUAAACAUGGAGGAAACAAAAGUUACUCAAACCAUCCAGGCAAGGGGGUUGAAAGGCAAAGUAAAGAGUUGAACAGGCCUGAGGAACUUCAUAGUAGUGAUUCAGAACCAGAUUCAUUCACCCAGCUUGUGUCAUGUUUUUCUAACCCCGCUAAAAACGAUUUAAUUAUUAGUGAUGAAGAAUCUAUUUCUGAAGAAGAAAUUAUUGUAAAAGCGAAUGAUAGUCCUAGUCUUCAUCCUCAGGAAGAGGCUUCAGAAGAUGAUGAACCAUUACAAACAAAGCUGGGUACUGAUGAUGACUCUGAAGAUGAAACAGAUGAAGUUACAAGUGUUCUGUCAUGCGACCCUUUUGAUAAUCAUAUUCAAUAUGAUUUAAGCGAUGAACUCUUUAAAAGUGUAUCUUCGACUCCUCAAAUUGUUGAAGAAACUGUCAAAUGUUGGCCUGUGUUGGGGCAGUUGAAAAUUACCCUACCAAAAGCUGGGUCUGAAGAAUCACAAGCCAAGAAAAAAAUUAGAAUUGAUGGAGAUGUCCACUUUGCUAAAGAAGGUAGUGUGCCUCAAAGAGUUGACAAAUUCUCUCUGAAUGAGUGUAAACAAUUAUUCGUCAAGUCACAAAUUCACAGCAACAUCCAUAAAGCUAAUAACAAGUGUGCUAAUGUGACAGUCACUGAGGAUGACCAAUUGACUGCUUUGCAAAAGGAACUAUUUUCAAUUGUCAACAAUUAUCAAGACUUAUACUUUCCAGAACGAACAUUAGAUAAUGGUGAGGAAGUUCGAUUCAUUUAUUGUUUACAUGCAAUAAAUCAUGUUUUGAAAACAAGACUAAAAGUUGUGCAUCACAACUCUAGAUUAGCAACUAAACAGGACUCUAGAGUGGAUGUUCCUGAUGACUUCAGAGAUCAAGGAUUGAUAAGGCCCAAGGUUUUGAUACUUGUUCCCUUUAGAAACUCUGCUCUCAAGGUUGUUGAAAUGUUAGCUUCUUUGCUCCUAGAAGAAGGAAACAACAAUAUACUGAAUAAAAAACGUUUCUAUGAAGAAUUCAACUCUGGAGAGAUAGCCAUGCCACGGAGAAAUCCAAAGCCUGAGGAUUAUGAAAAAACCUUUGCUGGGGACACUGAUGAUAAUUUCAAAAUAGGAAUCUCAGUUACCAAGAAAAGUUUGAAGCUGUAUGCUGAUUUUUACUCAGCCGACAUCAUUAUUGCCUCUCCACUAGGACUCAGAGUCAUUGUAGGAGCUGAAGGUCAAGCUGAUAGAGACUAUGACUUCCUGGCGUCUAUAGAACUGCUAGUUCUGGACCAAGCCGAAGUCAUCUUCAUGCAGAACUGGGAUCAUCUUCUCCACAUCUGGGAUCAUCUACAUAUGCAGCCCAAAGAUAGCCAUGGAACAAAUUUCGCCAGGGUUCGUCCUUGGGCUCUGAGUGGUAGAGCCAGAUACUACAGACAGACUCUGGUAUUCAGUAGCCAUCCACUACCCCAGAUAUCAGCUCUGUUCUCCCGCAAGUGUCACAACUACGCAGGCAAAGUGUGGGUAAUGAACCCAGUCAAAACAGGCACCAUCUGUCAGAUUGUGUUGCAGCUACCUCAGGUCUUCAACAGAAUAGACUGUGACUCAGCUACCGACUCUAUAGAUGCCAGAUUCCAAUAUUUUAUCAGCAAAGUGUUGCCACAGUAUAAGGAGCCAUUGAUGAGCCACACAGUCAUUUAUGUACCCUCAUACUUCGACUAUGUCAGAAUAAGAAACUACUUCAAGAAGGAAAUGGUUAGCUUUGUCCAGAUCUGUGAAUAUUCAAAGGAUGGAAAAAUAGCGAGGGCGAGAGACAUGUUUUUCCACUCCAGUGCACACUUUCUGCUGUACAGUGAGAGGUUCCACUUCUUCCGCAGGAUUCGUCUGAAGGGAAUCAGACACAUUGUCUUCUACCAGCCUCCCACCAUACCCCACUUCUACAGUGAGCUGUGUAAUUUGAUGCAGACUGACAAGGACGUUGGAGAGGGGUCACUCAGUGUCAGUGUAAUGUACACUCGCUAUGAUGCCCCACAACUGGCGGCCAUUGUAGGCUCUGAUCGAACCUCCAGAAUGUUGACAUCAGACCGUCCUGUCCACAUGUUCAUGACUGGGGACUGAACAAUAAUCUAGACUGUAUAAUCUGUAAAUAAAACGUUGCCA